AUGGUGUCAAAUGCCAGUGAUACAUCCAACACUUUUGCCGCUUCUGCCGCAACGCCAACACCAGCUAAUGCAACUAAUUCCAACACUUUAACAUCUAACGGUCUUGCUUUAAGCCCAUCUUCUAUUACACUAAUUAUAGCCACUGAUCAUCAAUGGUUGGUUUCUGGUUUAUCGGGUACCUCUGUUUCCAAUUCGGUAGUUACUUCAAACAUCACAGGAGUUGAACCAAGCACUGUUAUAACUGUGAGCACUGCACCCACAAUAGUCACAGGAAGCUCAGGAAUAGCAGCAGCCAACACAGUUGAUUCAAAAAUUCCAUCCAUUGCUGAUAAUCAGGCAACUCGUGAUUCUACUACUUCUUUCAAUAGAGCUCCUCUUCAAGAUGUGGAGGAAGCCAAAAGAGGAUUUCCUGUAGUUGGACAAACUAAUGCGACUCCUUCAGAGGAGAAAACCAAUGAUGGUGAAACUUUUGUAUAUGCAAAUAAGCUGGAAGCAAAAAUGCAUUUAAAGUACUUUUGGAAUCUGCGAAUGUUCAUCACACUGGGCCGUACUUCUAAGUCGGUUGUACAUUCAAGUCACAUGUUGAAAACAAUCCACGUCAUAUAA